GUAUUGAUUAUUAAUCUCUAACGAGUUCAUAUAAAUUUCCCUCAACCAUUAAAGAUUUCACUUUGUUUGAUCCAUCAAACACUUGCAUAAUGGCAUCUACUUCAGCUUCAUCCAUACAAAGGAGCUUCAAGUAUGACGUCUUUUUGAGUUUUAGGGGUGAAGACACCCGCAAGAACUUUGUUGAUCAUCUCUAUCAUGCUCUUGUCAAUAAAGGCAUUAUAACUUAUAAGGAUGAUGAAAAAAUCAACAAAGGGGAAAGAAUCGGAGAUCAGCUCAUCGAGUCCAUUGAAGACUCGAGAUUUUACAUCAUUGUUUUCUCCAGGAACUAUGCAUCUUCAUCAUGGUGCUUAGACGAGCUCGUAAAGAUUAUGGAGUGCCAAAAGAUGACCGAGCAUACUGCUUACCCCAUCUUCUAUGAUGUGGAACCCACUGAAGUCCGCAAACAAAGUGGGUCAGUUGGGGAAGCCUUUGAACAGGUCACAAAGAAGAGGAAGAGGACGUUGGAAGAUGUAAUUCUGGAAAAGGAAAAUGAUGUUGGAAGAUGGAAAAAUGCUCUAAAAGAAGCAGCCGACCUCGCUGGGAUGGAGUUGAAGAACACUUUCAACGGGAAUGAAGCAAAAUUUAUGCAACAAAUCGUUCAAGACGUUUCACUAAAGCUGCAUCUCAUCAACUUGAGCAUCGAUAGGAAGUUAGUAGGCAUGGAGACUCGGGUAAGGGACAUAAUUUCAUCAUUGGAACUUGAUAUAGAUGAUGUUCGGAUGAUAGGGAUCAAGGAUUGGAGGUGGUGGGAAGACGACUUUGGCGAGAGCUAUUUUUGAUCAUAUAUCCAUCUGGUUUGAAGGUAAGAGCUUUGUUGAAAAUGUUAGAGAAGUUUCAAAAGGCUCUUUGUCUGGGUUGAAAGGAUCUGCAAGGAUUUGCAAAAGCAGAUCCUUUCAUCCGUGUUAAAUGAUCAAACCAUUGUUGUAGCUGGUGUGUCUGAUGGAAAAAGUAUGAG